AGGACUGCUAACCACCAAUUACGAUUGAGAGGCGGUAAAGGAGCUGGUAUAGCUAUCAGGGACCAUGGAUCCCCAUCUUCAGCGUGGUCUCCAUGACAAGCUAUACGAGAAACGGAAGGCAGCCGCCUUGGAACUGGAAAGACUUAUACGAGAUACCGCCGCUCUCCCUGACUCCCUCCCCAAACUCCGCCAAAUCGUCGAUCAACUCUGCGCGGAUACAUAUUCCUCUUCUCAUCCUCACAUACGAAAUGGAGGUUUGAUUGGUUUGGCGGCAGCCUGUAUCGCUCUCGGUCCCUCUGUCGCCCGGUUUUUGGAGGACAUUAUACCCCCCGUCCUAGCCUGCUUCACAGACCAAGACUCCCGCGUCCGGUACUACGCCUGCGAAUCCAUGUACAACAUCGCCAAAGUUGCAAAAGGCGAAACCCUCCUCUACUUCAACGAAGUCUUCGAUUCACUCUGCAGAUUAGCCGCCGACUCGGAACUGAGCGUGAAGAAUGGAGCGGAGUUGUUGGAUCGACUCGUUAAGGACAUCGUAAGUGAGAAGGCGGCGACGUAUGUUAGUGUGUUGCAGGGGGAUGGGUAUGGGAGUGGGGUUGUGACGCCGGUGAGUGAGGAGGAGGAGGACGAUGGGGGACGACCGAGAUAUGCGAGGGAGGUGGAGAGGACGACGGCGUUCUCGUUGGAGAGGUUUAUUCCAAUGGUGGCGGAGCGGAUAUAUGUUAUCAACCCCUUCACGAGAACAUUCCUCGUCUCGUGGAUUAUCCUCCUCAAUUCGAUCCCCGACCUCGAACUCAUCACCCACCUCCCCGCCUUCCUUGACGGGUUACUCAAAUUCCUCGCUGAUCCAAACAAAGACGUACGCACCGCAACACACGUCGCACUCAACGAUUUCCUAGCCGAAAUCCGACGUAUCGCGGAAAUCAAGAAAAUCAGCGGGAAGACAGCACCAGUGAACGGAACACAAACGCAAACGCAAACACAGAGCGACGACACAGGCGCAGGGAAGAGCUUCAGUGACGCAGACAGUGCGAGCCACGGGCAUAGUCAACCAGAUACGGAUGGUAUCGCACACUCUCUCAUCUCCCCCUCAACCCCAACCCUCCCCUUCGUCUCCGAACCCUCACCCCUAAAUCCAAUCCCCAACCCUUCUUCCUCCGAUAUCUACAUCCCCGGCCAAGACGUCCCCAUCUCCCACCCCGCUCUCCUCCACAUCCUCCUCCCCCACCUCUCCUCGCCCAUCGAGGAAAUACAACAUACAGCACUAACAUGGGUCAACGAGCUUUUCGGAAUCUGUGGGCAGGAGUUAUUGGAGUUUGUGCCGAGGGUGUUGGAGAGGGUACUUCCGGUUUUAUCGAGUGGGGUGGAGAAGGUGAGGGGGAAAGCGGGGGAGGUUAGUGGGAAUUUGAGGGGAUUGGUGAUGGGGUUGCCUGAGCCAGCUGUUGAGAUGGGAGGAGGGAGGGGGAGUGGGAGUGGGGAAGGGAGGAAGGGGAGUUGGUCGGCACAGAGUGAGGGCUCCAGAAGUUUGUCGCCUGUUACGAUGAAGAAGAGUAGUAUGACUAGCGCGUUGAGUGAACCUCAGUCUUCUAGCCUGGUCGAGAGCCAAAGUCCUGUUGUCGGGUUUGCAGAGAAGGAGAAGGAAGAGAAGGGCGGGAAUGGACUUGAUUAUGCGACGACGGUGAGUGCACUGACACUACAGUUCUUGAACGAGCAUGAGGAGACGCGGGUAGCAGCCUUGGAUUGGUUGUACUGGCUGCACAAGAAAGCCCCAACGAAGGUUCUAGCCAUGGACGAUGGCACGUUUCCGGUACUGCUAAAGACACUAUCUGAUCCAUCGGAGAAAGUCGUCACCCGCGACCUCCAACUCCUCGCACUCGUCUCGUCAUCGACAUCAGACGACUACUUCACCUCCUUCAUGCUCAACCUCGUCUCCCUCUUCUCCACCGACCGCCGUCUCCUCGAAAUACGCGGUUCCUUGAUUGUGCGACAACUCUGCGUCAGUCUGAGUGGGGAGCGGAUAUACCGGACACUCGCGGAGAUCUUGGAGAGGGAUGAUGAUUUGGAGUUUGCGGGGAUUAUGGUGCAGAAUUUGAGUAUGGGGUUGAUUACGGCGCCAGAGUUGGGGGAUUUGAGGAAGAGGUUGAGAAAUUUGGAGACGAAGGAUGGGCAGUUGCUUUUUACGAGUUUGUAUCGGUCGUGGUGUCAUAACGCUGUUGCGACAUUCAGUCUCUGCUUACUGGCUCAAGCAUACGAACAAGCCUCCAACCUGUUGCAGAUCUUUGCCGAUCUGGAAAUCACGGUGUCCCUCCUCAUCCAAGUCGACAAGUUGGUACAGCUACUCGAAUCGCCCGUUUUCACAUACCUCCGCCUUCAACUCCUCGAACCAGAAAAGUAUCCCUACCUCUUCAAAUGCCUAUACGGCCUCCUUAUGCUUCUUCCCCAAUCAUCUGCCUUCGCUACCCUCCGAAAUCGACUCAAUGCGGUGAACAGUAUGGGAUUUAUCCACCUCGCUCCGAAAACGCCCUCUACCGUUUUCGAGAGAGGAACGGGAAGCGGGGUAGGAGUAGGGCCCAAGGGCAGGAAGGGCGUAGACGAGAUCAAAUGGCCAGAGUUACUGGAAAAGUUCCGGAAUGUGCAGCUACGACACGAGAAAGCCCGACGAACCGCAACGCUCAAGAACCCGCCUGUGUUUGCGUUUGACCCGUUGUCUACCAGACCUCACGAAACACCCAAUUCGACACCUAAGGAGAAUGGGAUGGGGAAGGAUGGGGGACUGAGUAGGGGUGGGAGUACGCCGAGUACACCGACGACGGCGGGACCAGGCGCGAAUGGGAAAGGACAUGGGAGGAGUAAGAGUAUUGGGUUGGCCAAUCGGCUAUAUCAGGCCAGGCAGAAGAGGAAAGAGUAAGAUCGAUGUGAGGAGAAGUGCUCCUGUGGGAUUGAGCUGUGGGAUGGUGAUACCAUGGUAAUACCAGAUAGCAUGUGGAGAAUUUGAAGCAAGAUGUAGUCAGUGGUAUCUGAAAAGAGAUGUACCAAAAGAGUGGUAUAAGAAGAAACCCGACAACGCCAAAAAGUCACAAACACGCGAGUACGCGUUUACCAAAUGUGAGAAAUCCCAAAAAU